AUGGCAGGCGCUGGUGAGCGCAAAGGCAAGAAAGAUGACAAUGGCAUCGGCACCGCCAUCGAUUUUGUCCUCUCCAAUGCCCGGCUGGUGCUGGGGGUGGGGGGAGCGGCCAUGCUGGGUAUUGCCACGCUGGCAGUUAAGCGGAUGUAUGACCGAGCAAUCAGUGCCCCUACCAGCCCCACCCGCCUGAGCCAUGCUGGGAAGCGGAGCUGGGAAGAGCCAAACUGGAUGGGCUCCCCCCGCCUGCUGAACAAGGACAUGAAGACAGGCUUGAGCCGGUCCCUACAGACCCUUCCCACUGACUCCUCAGCCUUUGCCCCAGAUACUCCCUGCCCUCCCCGGCCCAAGCCAUCGGCCAGGAAGGGCCAGGUAGACUUGAAGAAGUCACGGCUCCGCAUGUCCCUGCAGGAGAAACUUCUUUCUUACUACCGGAACCGGGCAGCCAUCCCGGCUGGAGAGCAGGCUCGGGCCAAGCAGGCCGCUGUGGACAUAUGUGCUGAGCUCCGGGGCUUUCUGCGGGCCAAGCUGCCGGACAUGCCACUUCGAGACAUGUACCUGAGCGGCAGCCUCUACGACGACCUGCAGGUGGUGACGGCCGACCACAUCCAGCUCAUUGUGCCCCUGGUGCUGGAGCAGAACUUGUGGUCCUGCAUCCCUGGCGAGGACACCAUCAUGAACGUCCCCGGCUUCUUCCUGGUGCGUCGUGAAAACCCAGAAUAUUUUCCUCGUGGUAGCAGUUACUGGGACCGCUGUGUAGUUGGGGGUUACCUCUCCCCCAAAACUGUGGCGGACACUUUUGAGAAAGUGGUGGCUGGCUCCAUCAACUGGCCGGCCAUUGGCUCCCUCCUGGACUAUGUGAUCCGCCCAGCACCUCCCCCAGAAGCCCUGACGCUGGAGGUGCAGUAUGAGCGUGACAAGCAUCUUGUCAUUGACUUCCUGCCUUCAGUGACUCUUGGUGACACUGUGUUGGUGGCCAGGCCACACCGACUAGCCCAGUAUGACAACCUGUGGCGGCUGAGCCUGCGUCCUGCUGAGACGGCACGCCUGCGGGCCCUGGACCAGGCCGACUCGGGCUGUCGCUCUCUGUGCCUCAAAAUUCUCAAGGCCAUAUGCAAGUGCACUCCCGCCCUGGGCCACCUCACUGCCAGCCAGCUCACCAACGUCAUCCUCCACUUGGCCCAGGAGGAGACUGACUGGUCUCCUGACGUGCUGGCCGACCGUUUCCUGCAGGCGCUGAGGGGGCUCAUCAGCUACCUAGAGGCUGGAGUCCUGCCCAGUGCCCUAAACCCCAAGGUGAACUUAUUUUCAGAACUCACCCCUGAAGAAAUAGACGAGUUGGGAUACACUCUCUAUUGCUCAUUGUCUGAGCCGGAGGUGCUGCUGCAGACGUAG